UUUUAGUGAACAUUCCAAUUUCUUUAUUAUCAAGCAGAAGCAAAGGCAUCACGUAGUUGGUUGUGUCGUCUUUAAUGUUUCUGAAUUUGUGAGGCAGAAGCAAAGGCAUCACGUAGUUGGUUGUGUCGUCUUUAAUGUUUCUGAAUUUGUGAGGCAGAAGCAAAGGCAUCACGUAGUUGGUUGUGUCGUCUUUAAUGUUUCUGAAUUUGUGAGGCAGAAGCAAAGGCAUCACGUAGUUGGUUGUGUCGUCUUUAAUGUUUCUGAAUUUGUGAGGCAGAAGCAAAGGCAUCACGUAGUUGGUUGUGUCGUCUUUAAUGUUUCUGAAUUUGUGAGGCAGAAGCAAAGGCAUCACGUAGUUGGUUGUGUCGUCUUUAAUGUUUCUGAAUUUGUGAGGCAGAAGCAAAGGCAUCACGUAGUUGGUUGUGUCGUCUUUAAUGUUUCUGAAUUUGUGAGGAAGCAAAGGCUUCAUGUAGUUGGUUGUGUCGUCUUUAAUCUUUCUGAAUUUGAGAAGCAGAAGCAAAGUCAUCAUGUAGCUGGAUGUGUCGUCUUUAUUGUUUCUGAAUUUGUGAGGAUGCAGUCAAGAGAAAAAAUUAAUAACUUCUACCUGCGAGAAACACUUGCAGAUGUUAGAAAGAAACUUGUUGAUGUUUUUAUCGAUGAGUGGAACACUCAUUGCGGAAAAGACCACGGAGAAUGGGAUAAUUCCCACGUUAGUGGUCAGAUAUUGUUCAAUGAUGAAAUUUCAAAAAGGAGACCUCCUAACAAAGAUAUUCUGUCAAAUUUUCAAAAUGGUGACACCAGUAAGUGGGAUUGUACGACGCUAUUCGCAGCAAUAUUGUAUUCAAACUUAAUUGGAACAAAAAUUGAUCCAAAAGUUAGAGAUGCUGUGAAUGAACUUCGUGAAGUAAGAAACAAAACCGCUCAUAAUGAUGAUGGUAAAUUAUCAGAUGCUGAAUUUCACAAAAUGGUUUGUGAUAUUGAAAAGUCGUUUAAAGACUUGAAAUUUUUACUCCCUAAAAUUUCACUUUCACUCACUGAAAUUAGUGAAAUAAAAAGUCAACGAAACCUAUUUUAUUCUUUUCAAGUACUUCCUUGCAAACCAAAUCACGAUGUGGUUAAACGUACAGAGUUACUUAAACAAAUCACAGCAGAUCUCAAUAACUUGCGCAGUACUAACAAUAAUGAACUAACAUAUUACUAUAUUUCUGGUAAUCCUGGCAGUGGUAAAUCUCAAUUAGCCAGACAAAUUUGCGAAGAUAUGUUUAAGUCAGUAGACUGGGAACAUAACACAACAUUUGUGAUGACACUAGAAGGAAAUGUUGCAGAAUCAGUUUUAAAAACUUAUGCUGAACUUUGUCAACGAUUAAACAAUGAUAAAACUGUCAUUGAAAAUAUUCGGAAAGAAGCAAAAAGCAGCAAAGAGAAAAUUAAAAAUUUUCAAUUAUUGCUGACACAGCAACUGAAAUCUUGGCAAACAUGGUGGAUUGUUGUAGAUAACGUGAUUGAACUUCAUAAAAUUUAUCCAUUAUUACCUCAAGUUGGUGAUCAUAGCUGGGAAAAUGGUCAAAUUAUAGUAACUGUCCAAAAUACAGAUGCUAUACCAUCAGAUGGAAAUCUAAGUAAACACAUUUCAGUUAGUCAUGGUAUGAACAAUGAAGAAUGUCAAAAACUUCUAUCUGUCCCUUCUGAUAUUCAUAAUAAAGAUGAAAAACUUUUAAAGGAUUUAUCAGACAAAUUAGAUCGUCAACCGUUGUUCCUGGCAAAUGCUGCUUCCUACGUACGUGAAGUAAGAAGUAUAGAUCCGACAUUCACGUGGGAGAAGUAUUUUGACAAGUUGAAUAAAGGAGAGCGACAGAACAUGGAUGCAAUUGUUCAAAAAAAAAACACAUCUUACUUAGGAAUGAAAACUGUUAUGUUAGCAGUUCAAAAAAAUGCUGAAGAAUCCAUCUUGUUGGAACAUGUUUUUAAACUUUUCUCAAUAAUAUCUUUCGAUCCCUUACCACAAGAUGUAAUAAUACAAUUUAUUACAACCAUUGAUCCACAAAAAUCUGCAGAAGAUGUCUGUCUUCAAUUAAAGCAUUGUUCUUUAUUUCUUCAAACGGAAAACAAUGACAUUCGCCUGCACAGCGUUGUACACGAAGCCAUCAUAAAUUAUUCAUCCCAGACCUAUGGCUGUAAACAAAACGAAAAUAAUUCUCAAAAGUCUGCAGCUGAUCUUGCCUGCCAAGUUGCUUGGGCACUAAAUCAUUUUGAAGGCAGAGAAGAUGAAAUCACAAUAAUUCCACAUCUAAUUCAAUUCAUAACAAAUUUAUCAUUUCAACAAUUCCUAAAUAAGUUGAUCGAUGUAAAAUCAUCAAAACAAAAACUUGAUGAAAAAAAUUGGAAUAUUGCCAAAUAUUUUGUAGAUGUUUUGGAAAGAUUUUGCAACUAUAAACUUGCAACUAAAGUACUUAAUGAAAUAACAGACAUUCAAACUAAAGUGUUAGGUGUUGAUCACAUUGAUGUUUCAAAUUCGUACAACGAGCUGGGUGUAUUGCUUUUGAAAAAUGGAGAAUAUAAAAAUGCUAAAGAUUUUCUCGAGCGAGCAAUGGGAUUUCAAGCAAAAACACUUGGACCUGACCAUGUUGAUAUUGCAGAAACGUACAACAAUCUGGGUUCAGUUUACGAUUAUAUGGGAGAGUACGAAAAAGCAAAAGAUUUUCAUGAACGAGCGAUGAAAAUUCAAACGAAAACAUUUGCACCUGACGGUGUUAAUAUUGCGUCAACGUACAACAAUCUGGGUUCGGUUUACCAAAAUAUGGGAGAGUACGAAAAAGCAAAAGAUUUUUAUGAACGAGCGAUGAAAAUUCAAACGAAAACAUUUGGACCUGACCAUGUUGAGAUCGCGACAACAUACAACAAUCUGGGUUUGGUUUACGAUCAUAUGGGAGAGUACGAAAAAGCAAAAGAUUUUUAUGAACGAGGGAUAGAAAUUAAAACAAAAGCAUUUGGACCUGACCAUGUUAAUAUUACGACUACGUACAACAAUAUGGGUUCAGUUUACAGUAAAAUGGGAGAGUACGAAAAAGCAAAAGAUUUUUAUGAACGAGCGAUACAAAUUCAAUUGAAAACAUUUGGACCUGACCAUGUUAAUACUGCGCCAACGUACAACAAUCUGGGUUCGGUUUACAAAAAUAUGGGUGAGAACGAAAAAGCAAAAGAAUUUUUUGAACGAGCGAUAGAAAUUGAAACGAAAACAUUUGGACCUGACCAUGUUAAUAUUGCGACAAGGUACAACAAUCUGGGUUUGAUUUACAGUGAUAUACAACAAUCUGGGUUCAGUUUACGAUAA